UCAUAAAUCCCGGCCUCUCCCUCCCUCUCGCAGCAACCAGCAAGCAAACCAAAGAAGCAAGAGAGAGAAGGAAAGCCAUGACGGCGCAGCAGCUCCUCCUCCUCCCGGCGCCUUCCAGAACCUUCUCGAAGCCGCUCCCUUCCCCUCCCUCCUCCCUCCCAGGUUUCCGCCUCUCCUCCGCCUACGCCGCCACCGCCGCCGCCGGCCGCCGCGACCUGCUCCGCUCGCUCCGCUGCGGAAUGAGGCGCUCGGGCUCAGACUUGGUGCCCGACCUGGAGCUUGCCAAGGACAAGCAGUGGCAGGGGAGACGUCCCAAUGGGAUUUUCUGGAUCCUGCUGCUCAAUGUUGGAGUCUAUGUCGCAGAUCACUUGUUUCAGAUUCAAGAUAUAAAGGCAAUGUACUUGUACCAUGCUUUCCCUACUUGGUUUCAGUUUGUGACAUCAACAUUUUGCCAUGCAAACUGGAAUCAUCUUUCAAGCAACCUCUUCUUUGUGUACAUUUUUGGGAAGCUAGUUGAGGAGGAAGAGGGUAGUUUUGCAUUGUGGAUGGCAUAUAUUUUGACUGGUGCCGGAUCAAACCUAAUUUCAUGGUUAUUUCUUCCAACGACCUCCGUGUCACUUGGAGCAUCUGGUGCUGUUUUUGGUCUUUUCACAAUUAGUGUUUUAGUGAAGAUGUCAUGGGACUGGAGAAAGAUUCUUGAGGUCCUUAUCCUUGGUCAAUUUGUUGUUGACAAGGUUAUGGAAGCAGCACGGGCAACAGCGGUUACAGGCCACUCAAUGCAAGUAAACAAUAUUGCCCAUCUAUCUGGUGCUUUGAUUGGUGCUGCACUAGUGUUCUUGAUAAAUCGUAUCCCUUUUCCAUCCGAUGGCGAUAGUCCAAAAUCCUCUAAGGAUAGAAAGGAAAAAAGAAGCUAAUUUUAUUGUCCAUAGUCCAUAUGAUAAUUGCGACCCUAACAAAAUUAACCCAGUACGUUUUAGUUUUCUUGAUAGUUCUUUGUGUGCAAAUUCAGUUGUAGUUUGGUUUUGAUUUGACAAUUUGGAAAGAAGUCCUCAUACCUCUCAUAUGUAAAAUACAUUUCUAAUACCUUGGAAUCAUUAUACGGAACUGACAUUAAAAGCACAUUGCUGUUUUUUUUUUGAGAACACAAAAGCACAUUGCUGUUAAAAAAACAGAGUUACG